GGAUAACCUCGCAAUGAUGGAAAUUUUGUAUUGUCAGUUUUAGUAGGAACAAUAAAAAAAAAGUGCAUCUCGCAGAAGUCGACUGAUAAACAGCCACAGCAGUGAUACGCAAUUAUUAAUGGGUAAUGGAUCCCAGCAAAAUAACAAGUUUGGCCACCCUUCUGCGUGACAAUGGCCACAAAAUCCUCAGUGGGGAAGCAAAGUUGACGCUUUCAGGCUCCCUCAUUCGUGCCCUCAAUGACUCAUUUAGUCUCAUUGUGGAUGAGAAUGCUGACAAGUGCUCACCGCACACAUUCUACGUUUGCAAGCCAAAUUACUCCAAAUCCGAUGUCUUCCGGGAUUUGCAAUUUGUCUUUGACUUUGUCCAGAAGACCGUGCACCUGUCCGUGAGUCAGAUGCACGGGGACGAUCAGACAGACGACGUGGUGGAUCUCACGAAUUUCCGCACUCUCGAAAAGUUGGAGAUUAACAAAGUGGCUCUACGCAAAUUCCAUGGGAUUCAGCGUCUGAGGGCACAACUUCAGGAAAUAGUCUGCCUGAAGUGUCUCUCAUCUAUUCGUGAGAUAAUACUCGACUGUGGUGGGGAUAAAUGCAAUGGUUUCGUGUGGAAUGAGCUGAAAUCCGCGAAUUUUUCCGGGAACCUCCUGAAAAGCCUGGAUAGAUCGCUGGAGCUAACACCGUGGCUACAGACACUCAAUCUCAGCCACAAUCAACUAGAGAAAAUCCCUGAGAUUCGUCUUUUGCCCAAUCUCAAAGUACUCGAUGUGAGCUUCAACCUCCUCUCGGCAAUGCCAGAAUUUCAUCCCGAAGCCUCUCGGCGCCUUCAGAUCCUCAAUAUGAGGAAUAACCUCUUGGAAAAUGUUACCGGGGUUUCCUGCCUUGAUGGGCUCUAUGAAUUGGACGUGGGAGGAAAUUUCCUCAUUGAUCACUCAAGCCUUUUGCCAAUUUGCACACUUGCUGCUCUGAGAUAUCUCAAUCUUCGCGGCAAUCCUCUGGCCUUUCACCCAAAGCACCGUGAAGCCACAGCGCGGUACCUUCACGGCAAUACGGCAUCCAUUAAAUUUGUCCUGGACAUUAGUCACCUCAGUAAGUACGAAAAGAGUCUUACGGGUGCCUACAGCAGCUACCAUCCCAUCCUCAUGCGAUCAACACCCACUGGGAGUGCAUGGAGUAUUCAAUCGCGACGCACAAACCCCAAUGAGGGUUCCUCCGUGGCAACGAGUCUCGGUUCAACGAGCAGUUUUCAAAUCACCGUGGAAGCUCCCCUCGACAGAUCCAUUGCUGAAUCCACAACCAGUCACCGGAAGUUGCGUGUAAGAAAGGCCCAAAUAUCAGACAAUCCCGAACCCAAGAGCACUGUUGCUCACAUUGAAGCCACAAAUGCAGGUGGUAGUAAGGAGCAUUUAAAGACAAAGGAACAAAUUGAGAACCUGAGGAAGCAAUAUGGAGAUUCCUGGUUGCACAGAGAAGGUGGGGAUCUCGUUAAAAGUGUCAUUGGGGGCUUUCCGGAGGAUGAUCGAGGAGCUGAGAGUAUUUUCGAGAAGAAUGCCUUAGUGGCUGAACUCUAUUCUGAGCCCCUAAUCGCUGAACCCCGACUGGAUGUUAAGGAGGAAGCUGCCAAGCAAUCAACUCCCAAAGAUGAAGGACAUUUACCCCCUUACAGCCCAUUGGAAUCCCCAAUAAAGAAUGAAGAUACUCCGGAAAGAGAAAUUUCGACGCGAGAUUCCGAUCUCGAGACAAUUUAUAAAUCCGCCAAAAGCAAUCCCAGCAUUACAACUGAUUACGUUGAUGAGGAAUCAGACCCGGAGGACAAUGAAGUAGCUUACUUUGUUACAAAUGUUUUCACUAAUCAGGAAGUUCUCCUUAUUGUCUCCGACACGAGUAUCAAGGAGAAGAAUCGAACGAGCAAACAUACUCUCUUUCGGUGGAGUCUAAAAUCCGUGGAGAGUUGCGAGAGAACUCGUUCAGAUGUUCUCCGCAUAGAAUUUAAUACAAUUAAGAAAAAUCGCAAAGAAAGAAGCUACAGGAUGCCUCAGGAUUCGUGUCAGAAACUAGAGGGAUUUCUGAGAGACUUUCUAGCAAGUCGUCCCCUGUCCGAAAUGAAUCAAACUGUAUAUAAAUGUGCCAAUUGCACAACUCAAUUUUGCAUGGAAAUUGGAAAUCAAAAAGGAAACCGGAAUAUUUUCUGUCCAGAGUGUAAAAGUGAAUUUGUAAUUGAAAUACAUGAGACACCACCACAGAAAGAGUCAUCUCUGGAUUCCCAGGCAACUCCCGUCCAAGUGGCUAGUUCUGCGGAGGCGGCCACUGAUCAAAAUAGCAGCAUUGCACUGACGGUGGAUGUGAAGAGAUCGCCCCACAAGAAGAAAUUGAGAUCAGCAGGAUCGAUAAAUGAAUCGUCGUCCUGUUCAAAAAUCUCCAAUAAUGGAUCAUUUGAUUCAAAUCAAAGCGUCGCCGGGAGUUCAACUUCCGAACGCGAUCGUGAUGCUGAUAUUCAUCUCUCGUCCAGAUUCAAUGUUGAGAGUGACGUGGAGAUUCUCAGCAAUCCCAGUCAGAGUAGUAUUGAAGUUCUGGACAGUAAAAAUUCAAGUCGGAAGCAUUCUGAGGAGAGAAAAAUCUCCCAAGUGCCAAGUUUGGAGACAAUAGCAGAUCAUAGCAGUAUCAAAGGGGAGUCAUGCGUCGAUACAGCCCCACCGUUUGCCGUUGCGGAAGAGAAGAAAACCAUGCUGGACAAAAAGGAUCUCAUCCGGCAGACUUUUCUCAAUCUCACCGAGAGUAGUUCUUCCGGAUCAAUCACAGAUAGUAUCUGUACGGCGUAUGAGCACAGUCAAGAGGCAGAAGAGCACAAGCAUCUCUCACCUGUGGAAGUCAUCUCUGAGGAGGACAACAGGACCCAAUCUUCGUUCUUUGGGUUUCUCACAUCUUUUGCAUCAACAAAUAAAGUGGACGGGAUUGUAAUGCCCAUCACAGAUCCCUUCAAGUUUACCUUCGAUGACUUUGGAAAUGUGGAUCAUCGCAUACAGAUCUUCCUGUAUCAGCACAUCUUCAUGGAAAACUCUGAGAAAUUGCUUUGGGUCGUGCGUUGUCGUUUCUGCGAUGAGAAAGUCUCCUCAGAUUGGUUCGAUGGGAUUGUCGUUAUGUCCACCGUGAGAUUUUAUACAUUUCUCAUCACCGGAGAGGAAAAUGAUGAUCCAUCGAAAUGGCUCAGGAGGUUGACUCUUGUGCCCGUUGAGGAGAUGAAAUCCAUCAAAUGUCUUCCCUGGUCCAUUGGCGUAACUUUCAGCACACGCACCAUGUCAAAUGUGCACAUUUUGCUGCGGGACUCCAGACGUACGGAGAGUUUCUUCAAAUUCCUCCAAAAUGCCACCAAUUGCCGUCCUGUGGGAUGUUCAGUCGUCCCGGAAUGUCACGAAGACACCCUCAGGACGUACCAGAGUGAACCAAUAAGAAUUUUUGCCAUCUUCGAAGCAUGCGAGAGACGUGUGGAUGAGACAAAGCUAUCAGUUAGCUUUGGGGGACUCAUUGUGACGGAGAAGACUUUCCAUAUGACUACAUCUACCCAUCGGUGGAUGACGGAGAAGGGUGAUCAAGCUGUGGGUGUCAUUUACACGCAACUCCUCCAGGAUAUGGUGGAAUGUGAACCAAAGAGUGACACAGAAAUCAAUUUAAACUUCCUCGAUGAGCGUGAGAAUAAAUGUGAACAGUGGCAUGUAAGAUUCGCCACUGCGGCCAUUCUCCAGGACGUACUGGCGGCCAUCCGGGAACCCUGGGAGGCACUCUUUGAAGUACCUCUCAUAUGACAUUCAUAGACGAACUUUCUAUUUCGUUCACAUCCCCAUUUUAGCACACAAAAUAUAUAUAUUUUCUGUUACUUCUA